CUGCGUUCAUGUCGGUCUUCACCCUACCCAACGAGCUUCUUCUUCAUAUCUGCUCUCAAUUCCUGCCUCCUCCAGACAUCCUGACGCUCCGACAGACUUGUCGCAAGUUUGCCAACGUGAGCCGGGACAGAAGCCUCUGGCUGCACUUCCUCCGCGGAUUGCGGCGCAGAGGGGAUGUACCACUUCCAGAGGCGGCGGAUCGCAGUGCCGCCUUCUCAGGAGACCUUGAACGCAUCGUCAUCGCAGCAUCGAGGACGGCGGAUACUUGGCAGCUCCCACGCGCCCCGAUCCACUUCUUUACUCCUUAUCGGGGAGAAACGAUUCUCGGCCUCGAGAUAUUUGAAGAUUUGUGGAUCCUCAUUUUGUACACCAAUGGCCUCGUGUAUCUGCACAGAACAAACUCGCCGGAGAGCCCACCGGUGGCGGAGAUAUCCCUCCCAGCGGAUACACGAUGGCGCUCGUAUUGUGCGCGCAUGCUCAACAAUACCGUAUUUUUCGCGAUCUCAGACUGGUCCGACUCGUGUGAAACUCGUCUGUAUGCCAUUGACACGAGAUCCCCGGGACUGGAACGAGGUUUCGAGUUGAUUCACAAGUUCUUUACGGCGGAGAGGACGGUCUGCGCGCUUGACCCAACAAAAGAACUGCUUUUCAUGAACACGGCUGAUGAAGUCCUGGAUAUAAUUCAGUGGGGGAAAAAUCCGAGUUCCGUGACACAAUUCUCAGUGGAGAACGAGGCGGAUGAGUUUUAUAAUGGUGUUUUGGCGCUUCGGUGCGUCGCGAACGGCUUUCUCCUCGUUCGGAUGCACACGAUCGAGCUUCGUCGAACAAAGUCAUCGUCCUUCGAACAAGACGGUGACGCCAUCACACAUCGCCUGCCGCACUCUCUGAGGGAGAAAAACAUAUCCAUGUCCGAGAUCCAACUCGAUGGAAAGACCAGCACAGCUCGAAUCCAUCUUCUGGUGCACGACUCCCACGACCUGAAUUAUUACACGAUCACCGUGAGCGCAGCAGACGACGGAGCGCUUUCUCUGAAUGUCGCCCAUGCGCGGACGACUCAACCGGCCCAAACGCAGGUCCCCCAUUACCAGCGCCCGUUCAUCAGUACCCAUGCACUGGGCUCGCAGGGAAUCCGCGCGGUGUGGAUCGAACGCGAGAGCUUACGGAUGAGCAGGUGUGUGCGUCUGUGCGCCAUCGCGAACACUCGCGCCCGCGAGGACAUGCAGAUGGAAAGCGCCGCCACCGUGUUCGAAUCGUCCUCGUACGAUUUACGAGACGAUUGGACACACUGUGCAAUCGGGGAGAUGAGCGGGGUCGCGGUGCUGGGUAAUAGAGCCGGACAGGUUUUUGUGCUACCAAUUGGCUAUGGCAGGGUGAGACAGGUGAAAUCCAAGCUUGACAGGCAUUCGAGUACCAUCGAGAUUAUCAAACAUUGAUCAAGGGUUGUGGAGAAACGUUCGCCGAGUCACACCCAGCAGCAGAUGCUCAUGAGACACGUACCAUGUGAUUCCGAGGAUUUGCAAGAUUAGAUUUGAAGCCGGGCCGUUUUCUUCGCCGCUUUCGCAACACCGCUCUUGAUGUUACCGAUGGCAUAAGUUGAACCUCAGCAUUUGCGCGAGAUCAUCCAUGCCAAACAGUGAGAUAGUCUACGCCCAAGGACCAGACAAAGAUUUUGUGUCAGAUUCCAAUCAGUUUGGCCUUCCACCUGGGUUGCUCUGAACUUGUAAUACAUACAUAAUAUGGAACACUAAUGUUCGCAUCGGUUCCGUGGAGUAGGAAAAACCAUUGCUUGAUCAUCGACGUCGUCAUGCGGACUUGACACGCGAAAUUAUUUAAGGCGCCAGAAAGCAUGACCCUCCUCAACUCAUCCGGCACACUACUAUGAAGCUCAUCAUCACAGGCGCAACGGGCUACGUCGGAACAGAGACCGUGUCUCAAGCUUGCAAGGAUCCCAGAAUAACUUCAGUGGUCGCUGUCUCGCGUAAACCGAUUCCAGCUCCCGAAGGCACGCCUGCAGGCAAAUUCAAGAGCGUCGUCGUCAGCGACUACGACCAGUAUCCCGACGAGGUGAAGAGGGAGUUUGCGGGCGCCGCUGCGUGUAUCUGGACGGUGGGCAUCACGCCGCCCAAGUCGGUGGAAGUUGGCCCAGCAGAAGCCAAGCGCAUUUCCCGCAUAUCGACGCUCGUCGGCAUCCAAGCGCUCGCAGAUUCGUCUCCUGCCAAGCCGUUCCGAUUCUGCUAUAUGAGCGGGUCCGGAGCCAUCCGAGACCAAACCGCGAAGGUUGAAGGAGAAUUUGCGGAGUUUUAUCUGAUGCGCGGUGAUGUGGAAAAUGCCGUCUUUGAUUUGGCGGGCGAGCUUGACGGAUUCGAGGCGUGUGCGGUGAGACCGGGAGUGAUCACCGAGCGUGCUAAGAUAGAAGACUCGCGCGACUUCGCGAACAAGAACGGCUGGCCCAUUAUCGCCACGGAGGAUUGCGUCGCGUUGAUGCUGCAUCUGGUCGUCAACGGUUUCGAGAAGGAUAUACUGUCGAAUGACGAGAUGGUGGCUGCUGCAAAGCAAAUCUAGGUAACCUACUGUACAACGCACCUUCCUUUGAGCAUCUAGCACCGCACGCCCCAAACAAUUUUGUAGCCUUGACCGAAAUACUUUCAUUGCCAUUGAUGAUGCAAAUCUUGGAUCUGUGACUUACCCGCUGAGAGAUGUUCUUG